ACCAGAGUGGGUGCUUGAGAAUCACUCAAAAAUCUAGAAAAGCAAUGAUCUUUGAAAUGGGGAGUUCUUGGUUUUCGCACUCUCCCUCCCCAUCGUCUUCCCCUUUAUUAAACUCUUCGCAAUCUCUUCUCCCCUACUCUUUCCCAAGAUAUGGAAGAAAGAACAGAACAGCCAAGGUUUUUAUGCAUCGUGACAGCCCAACCGACAGCGUUUUCUCGAAGAGGAGAGCUAUCCUCUUUCUGGGUAUUUCAGUUGUUCCCUUUCUUCAAUUAAAGGCUACCGAAGCUCUUGAAGGAGGACCUGAAAUACAGACAGCAGAGCAGAAACAAAAAUCAGAGCAAACAGUUCAAGGAGAUACACCACAGAAUCCCUUUCUCUCUGUUCUGAAUGGACUCGGAAUAUUCAGUUCUGGCGUGCUUGGUGCACUCUAUGCAUUGGCUAGGAAGGAAAAAAUCGCUACUGAAGCAACGAUAGAAUCGAUGACAAAAAAGCUGAAUGAGAAAGAAGUGGCGAUUGUUUCGCUGGAGAAGAGCUUUGAGCUGAAGCUGCUAAACGAGAAGGAUGAACGAAACAAACAACUUAAAAAAGCAAAUGAAGAGCAGCAGUCUUUGAUGAACCAAUUGAAAUCGGCAAACAGUACAAUAACAGGACUUGGGAAGGAGCUACAAAGUGAGAAAAAACUAGUUGAGGAUCUAAAAAUCCAAAUAGAGAAUCUUCAAAGCAAUCUCUCAAAGGCUGGGGAAGACAAGAAGGAACUAGAAGAGAAGAUGAAGAAGAAGCUUAACUCGAUUGAAGUACUGCAUGAAAAGAUAACGUUGCUCAGUUCGGAGAUCAAGGACAAAGAAGAAACUCUUUCUAAACUCAAUUCCUCACUUGCUGAAAAAGAAUCAGAGCUUAAGAAAUUGAAGUCUACCUUCGAGAAAACCAAGAAUGAACUAGUGGGAGCAAAUACAGAAAUGAGUAGAUUGAAACUAGAGAUUCUGAAAAGUGGAAAAGAGCUGGAAUUGAAGAAUACGGCUGUCAAUGAUUUGAAUGCUCAAGUGGGUUCUUUGACUGUUGAGAGAGAUGAUUCUAUCAGGAAAUUCAAAGCUAUUCAGAAGGAGUACACUGAUCUGAAGUCAUCUUCCUUAGAAAAGGCUGCUGCAGAUGCCAAGCUUUUGGGAGAAAAAGACUACACGAUUCACCAGCUUAAGGAAAAGAUAGAUGUUGCUUCAAAGGAAGUGAGUGAAAACCAAGUCUUAGUUGCCAAUUUGACCCGAGAACGGGAUGAUAUGAGGAAAUCUCUCGAUCUUGAAUUGAACAAUGUGAAGAAUUUGAAAAGUGAGCUCCAAAUUACACAAGAAGCUCUUGGGAAGUCAAGCAACGAGGUUUCUGAUCUGGCAAAACAAUUACAGCAUUCAAGAAGUCUGUGCUCUAGCCUUGAGUCCGAGAUUUCCAGGGUUACGGCUGAGUUUUCCGAAGCUAAGAAUUCUUUUGACCGGAACCUUGUUGAGGCAAAACGCAGUGCAGAAGUGUUAUCUAGUGGGCUUGCAUCAGCAAAAGAGGCUCAGAAGAAAACAAAAGAUGAGCUGAAAAUCGUGUCUCGUGAUUUGGCAGCUGCUGUAGAAAAUCGCAAUAGCCUAAAGAAGGAAUUAGUGGACGCGUACAAGAGAGCAGAAAGUGCAGCCCACGAUUUGAAAGAAGAAAAGAAGGUUGUUACCUCUUUGACCGAAGAAUUACAAGCUUUGGAGAAACAGAUUUCAGAACACAAAGAAUCUCAAAAGUCUCUCGAAAUAGAUUUGGAAGAGGCUACCAAGUCGCUUGCCGAGAUGAAUUCAAAAGCGAUGGUAAUUGCUAGAGAUUUAGAGACGGCGAAAUCUCACAUUUCAAGCCUUGAAGAGGAGAAAGAUGUGAUUUAUAAUUCCCUUUCUGAGCAGAAACGGCUUUCUCAGGAAGAAAGAGAAAGCAUGGAAGAUGCACAUAACAUUGUGAUGAAGCUUGGGAAAGAAAGGGAGGUGCUGGAGAAGAGAGGGAAGAAACUCGAAGAGGAACUGGCAUUUGCUAAAGGUGAGAUAUUGAGAUUGAGGAGUCUCGUAAAUUCUUCGAAACCUAUUGUGAAUCAUCGGGUUGAGGAAAAAAUUGAAGCGGGGGCAAAUGCCGCGGUUUCUGUGAAGAAAAGUGGUAGGAGGAGAAAGGGAGUUCCCCAACAAGAUAAUUCAUAGUACAAUACCGGGAUUGCUGCCUAUAUUAUUUGCUGGGUUUUUUUCCCAUUUGUAGAAAUGUGACCAAAAAUCACAGAGGUUGAGGAAAUUAGUUUUGUAUGUACUGAAUCUUCACAAGUUAGUAGUUCAACUUUCUGCUAUGAGUGUAUAACUGUAUAUUAUCAACUUGAGGAAUGUACUGCAUUUUUUUUUGUUACA